CUCCAUGCACCCUCAUGGGCUCUAAUGGAAAAAAUAUUAUAUUCACCAAUAACUCAUGCCUUUCAACUAGUACUGUCCACGUCAGCAGCCAAGAGGAGCUCAAAUCCAUGGCCUCGAAACUCAGCCGAGCCGUCACCUUUCUCCCUCUAAAGGAUCUCCGGUACGCUAGCACCGCCGCGGAUGGCCACACGUGGUUCAUGAGCUCCAUGCACGACGUGCACGAACCGGACGAGGUCCGAUACCAGCACUUCCCGUCGGAGGCCUCCGGGGGUAGGGUUUUGUGCCUCAGGGGCCGCGACAGGCGGGACGGGGCCCGCAACUCGUACGCGCUCGCCUGGCCCGAAACCCUACCCCCCAACGCCACGCUGGCAAGGGGCACCACCUUCGUGUCGUACAAUCACUACGACUACGAUAACAUCUGGCACGGACUGUCGGUGCUGAUGCCCUUCGUCGCGUGGCACGUCAGGGGCCGGUGCGCGGGGGGGCCGCCCGCCAGGUGGAUUUUGUACCACUGGGGGGAGCUGAGGACGGAUUUGGCGCCGUGGGUUAAAACUCUUCUGGAGGCCACGUUUCGGGGUGGUCCCCUCAAAAUCGAAGAUUUUGAGGGUCCCGGUGGUGGUGAUCGGGUGGCAACUUGCUUUGAGGAGGCGGUUGUGAUGAGGCACAACGAGGGCGGGAUGUCGAAUGAGAAGAUAGUGGAGGUGUACGAUCUGAUGAGGUGCCGGUCUAGGGUUUACUGCGGGGCGAAGUCUCGUGAAGUUAACGGAUCGAGUAUCGGGAUGACCGUGUUGAUGAGGGACGGUCCGAGAUCGUUCAAGAAUGCAUCGGAGGUGAUUAGGAUUUUCGAGAAGGAGUGCCGAAAGGUGGAGGGGUGCCAGCUCAUGGUGGCUUAUCUUCGUAACUUGACCUUUUGUGAACAGGUGAAGCUGAUGAGUUUAACGGACGUUAUGGUAUCGGCACACGGAGCACAACUCUCCAACAUAUUCCUAAUGGACAAAAACAGCAGCGUGAUGGAGCUUUUUCCGAAGGGGUGGCUCGAACUCGCCGGAGUCGGGCAGUACGUGUACCGCGAUCUCGCCGGCUGGUCAGGGAUGAUACACGAGGGGGCUUGGCGGGACCCUGCCGGAGACCGCCGCCCCUUCCCGGAGAACGACCAGCGGUGCAUGUCAGUUGUGUACAAGAACGGCAAAAUUGGACACAACGAAACCUAUUUUUCGGAGUGGGCCCGGAAAGUUCUUGGAAAGGUGAAGCUGAGGAAAUUAGCGGUGCCGGUGUCGAUAAAUCCAGUUUCCGGUCGCUGCGGUUGCAAUUACUAGCUAGCUUAUAAGCUAAUUCUUCGGAUAAAGUUUUAACAUUUGAUAUUAUUAAAAGAGUGUAUGAAUUAAAUAUAUGUUCAUAAUAUUAUA